AUGGAUGCAGAUGCUAGAUGCAUGGACCCAUUUCCUCCUACUGCAAAGACCUUCUUACUCAUUGUCAAGGAGCAAGCAGCUGAGGCAUCUGCUCCAGGUUGGAGAAGUGACUGUGGACAGGUGUCCGAGAUACCCCGUUGCCACACCGACUGCCUGGAGGCGCCUCUCUCCUGCCUCUUCCGAAGGCUGGGAUGCGAAGUGGGCUCACACCCCUGGAUCUUCCUGUUGGUGCCCAUGGAGCUGACGGCCACUCUGGGCACCGGUUUGAUUUACCUGCCCAAGGAUGUAGAAGAAAACCUCAAGGAGUACACCCCAAUAGGGAGCCCAGCCAAGGCCGAGCGGCGCUUUGUGCAGGAACGCUUCACCGCCAACGACUCUUACCGCUUCUCCAUCUCCAGGAAGAGCACCGAGGUCAAUUUCGCUUGUAUUCUAACGGUCUCCAACACCACCUCCCUGCUAGAACCAGCAAUCUUAUCAGAAGUUAGUAAAGUGGAUGACGUGAUCCAGGAUCUGUAUGCGAGGGGGGAAAACGGAACCCAGAUCCACUACAAUCAGGUGUGUGCCAAGCACCAGGGUCUCUGCGUGCCUUCCAACCCACUCCUGUAUGCCUGGCAGAUGAACAGGGACCUCGACCUAAAUGUCACUUUCCCAAUCUACAACCACACCGGUCAGCCCAUCUACCUGGCUGGCACCUUUGGAGGAAACUUCUUAGGUGAGAGGAUGGGAAUGAACCAGUUACUCCUGGAAGCCAAAGCUGUGAGGCUGCUCUACUACCUGAAAACUGAGGAUGGAGAGGACAACGAACGUGGUAAGAAAUGGUUGACCCAUUUGAACCAAUUUAGCAACAUUGAAAAGAGUCUGGCCUCAAAGAGGAUCCAGGUGGUCUACUUUACAUCAAUUUCUACACAACUGGAACUUGAAGCAAUUUUGAUGACAGUGAUCCCUUUGUUUCACUUGGCAUACCUUCUAAUCAUAUUAUUUGCAAUCAUAUCAUGCUACAGGUGUGACCGUGUAUGAAACAAAAUGUGGGCUGCAACCUUGGGAGUGAUUUCUGCUGCCUUGGCAGUGGUGAGAGGCUUUGGCCUGAUGUUGUACAUUGAGGUGCCACUUGUGAUCAUAGUUACAAAUUCACCAUUUCUUAUUCUAGGUGUUGGGGUUGAUGACAUGUUUAUAAUGAUUUCUGCCUGGCAGAAGACCAGCCUCAUGGAUAACAUCAAACAGCGGCUGUCCAGUGUCUAUUCCAAAGUGGCAGUGUCCAUUACAACCACCACUAUCACCAACGUCCUGGCCUUCUAUACAGGGAUUAUGACCUCUUUUGGGUCCAUACAAUACUUUUGCACUUAUACAGGAACAACCCUGCUCUUUUGUUAUUUUUAUAACAUCACCUGUUUUGGAGCAUUUAUGGCCCUGGAUGGUAAAAGAGAAGUAGUCUGUCCACGCUGGUUGAAAAAGCCAGAAACCCCUGACCAAAAGUGUUCUUCAUUUAAAAAGUCCUGCUGUGUCCCAUGUGAUCCUCUCCCAGAUGAACAAGAAACUGAUGUCCAUCCAAUGAAUUUGUUCUUCAGAGACUAUUUUGGCCCUUUUCUCACAAGCACUGAGUCCAAGUUUUUUGUAGUGCUUCUAUACAUUUUGUACAUCAUUAGUAGUAUAUAUGGGUGUUUCCAAGUGCAGGAAGGGUUAGACCUUCAAAAUUUGGCAAGUGACGAUUCCUACAUCACACCAUUUUUUAACGUAGAAGAAGACUAUUUUUCGGAUUAUGGCCCCAGGAUUAUGGUUAUUGUUACUGAAACUCUUGACUACUGGGAUAAAGACGCUAGGCAAAAACUGGAAAAAUGUCUGGCAGAUUUGGAAAACAGUGACUAUGUAGAUAAAAAUGUUACAGAGUUUUGGUUACGAGAGUAUGUGCAAUAUAUGGAAAAUAGCAGGCAAGAUGUAAAUGAUAAGAAUACUUUCAUAAACAGUUUGCCCAGUUUUUAAACAAAUUUUACACUUUUUAUGUAUGAUAUUAAUAUUUCAUCUUCACAUGAAAUCAUUGCUUCCCGGGGCUUCAUUCAGACCAUCAGCGUUUCUUCUUCAACCAAUAAGAAGAUGAUGUUAUUCCAGUUACGAAGCAUAGCCGAAAAGUGUGAAAUUCCCCUAAUGGUGUACAGCCCGGCAUUCACAUAUUUUGAUCAUUACACUGCAAUACUAGAAAACACUGUUCGGGGCGCCUGGGUGGCUCAGUCGGUUAAGCGGCUGACUUCAGCUCAGGUCAUGAUCUCGUGGUCCGUGAGGGAUGUGAGCUCGAGCCCCGCGUCGGGCUCUGUGCUGACAGCUCAGAGCCUGGAGCCUGUUUCAGAUUCUGUGUCUCCCUCUCUCUGACCCUCCCCUGUUCAUGCUCUGUCUC